AUGGCGGGCGGAGACCAGCGCAAGAAGAAGAAGGGGAAGGAGCGUCUGGAUAAGUUUUACCACCUUGCGAAGGAGCAGGGUUACCGCGCACGUAGCGCCUUCAAACUUCUCCAACUCAGCCAGCGCUUCAAUCUCUUUCAAAAGAACUGCAGCCGCGUCGUGGAUCUUUGCGCCGCGCCGGGAGGGUGGCUGCAAGUCGCCGCGAAGCACUGUCCGGUGGCGAGCACCAUCGUCGGCGUUGACCUGGUCCCCAUCCAACCGAUCCGCGGAGUCGAAACGUUCACUGGAGACAUCACCACGGCUGCAUGCGCGGCCAAGCUCCGGAAACUCGUCAAGUUUGGCGAAGUAGACCUCGUCCUGCACGAUGGGUCUCCCAACAUGGGUACGGACUGGAGCGUGGACGCGUUCAACCAGAACGUAUUGGUGCUUUCCGCGGCGAGGCUCGCGUGUCAACUGCUGGCUGCAGGCGCGACGUUUGUCUCCAAGGUCUUUCGUUCAGGGGACUACGCGGCGCUGUUGUACGUCCUGCAGACGCUGUUUGACCGUGUGGACGCCACGAAGCCGCAGGCGAGUCGCGCAGUCUCUGCGGAGAUAUUCGUGGUCUGUCGCGGGUUCAAGAAGCCAGCGGUGCUCGACGAGCGGCUCUUCGAUCCGAAAUACGUCUUUCUGCAGGCCGAGGACGAGACGGGCGAGCAGCCGAGCAAGAAGGCGCUGAAGGACGAAGAGGGAGGCGAGGCCGCGGAGGGCGAGUCGGACGAGGAAGAGGGGAUUUUCUUCGGGACCAAGGGCGGGAAGAAGGGACAGUUUGCCGAGCUGGUGCGCAGGCGCGCCAAGCGCCAUCGCAACGGCGACAUCCUCGCUGGGCUGCGUCGCAUCUCCGUCGACGAGUUCUUCCGGAGCAAAGACCCCACAACGCUCCUCGUCGAGCAAGCAAGAGAGAUCUUCUUCCAGGACGGAGCUUUGCCGCUGGAAGAGGCCGUGCGCGCCCACCGGCUGACGACCCAGGAGAUCCGGGACUGCCUCACGGACGUCCAGGUGCUUGGGAAAGCCGAACUCGCCGCCAUCCUCAAGUGGCGCUUUCGCGUGAAAAAGGAAAUCUCCGUCGCCCUCGGCCUCAGCAAACACAGCGCCGAGGAGAGAAAAGACGGAGAGCACGAGAAGGAAGCGGAAGGCGAGGAAGACGGAGAGGAAGACGCUGACGGGUCGGAUGGAGACAGUGACGCCGGCAUCGACGAGGAACUGUCACGGCUGCAUGCGUCCGUGAGCCGGCGGGAGGCGAAGCAGCAAAAACGCGCGGCACAGAAACAGAAACAGCUGGAGAUGCGGAAAAAGCUGACUCGCGGGGCCUUUUUUGACGCGGCCGAAGGCCCGAGCGAUCCUGAUCUCUUUCGCUUCGACGCGAAAGCGAUCGAAAUGCUGGAGACGAAAGAGGAGAAGCUGGUGGACGCGUCACUGCUCCUCACGGGCGGCGAAGAGGACGAAGAAGGAACGCAAAAGAAGGGCCGACGGAGCCGAGCAGACGGCGGCGAAGGCGAAGAUGUCGUCGCCGGGUCCGAUGAAAGCGAAGACGACGGACAGCUCGACGAUCUGGAUGAUGUGGACAGGAUGGAAAUAGAGCUGACGCUGGCGCACCGAUUGCGGAAACAGCGGGAGGCCGAGGCACUUGCCGCAGGCCCGAAGAAGAAGCAGACUCGCAGAGAAAAGGUGACCGGGGAGUGGAUGCAAGAGCUCCAAGCUUUCCGGAACUCAAUGCAACGCCGUGCCGGAGAGGCGCUCGCCGAACGCAGGCGAGCCGAGGAAGAGGAAAAUGAUGACGAUGACGACGAGGAUAAUGACGAGGAAACAAGCAAAGAGGUCUUCGAAGAUGGGCUUUCCGAGUCUUUGGGGUCAGAUUCGCGAGUCGGGGGAAACCUUCGCGGCGCCACUCAGGCAGACCGCUGGUUCUCGCAGCCGAUGUUUGGAGGACUCCAGCUGCGUGGUGACGGUGAGCGCGAGGCGAGCGACGACGAGUUCAAUCCCGUCAUCAAGGCCGGUCGACUGCAAGGCACGGAAGGGAAGAAGCGGCAGACAGGCGCAGAGGACUCCAGUUCCGAGGACGGCCAGCGAACGGACGAAGAAGACUCGAGCGCAGAUGUCACUCGCGAGCUCGCUGACCACGACCUCCCUCAGGUUCCUUUGUCUGAGAAGCAGCAACAGAAGCGCAAGAGAGCCGCGCAAGCAGAGAAGGAAAGAAACAAGAAACAGCGCAGAAAGGCGGCGGCCGACGGCCUCAUGGCCCCUGACUCCGACGAGGAAGACGACAAAACGGGUCUUCGCGGCAAAGCCAGAAUCGAAGAAGUCCCUGCGCCGCCGGAGAUCCAGCGACCGACAGAUCCCGAUGAAGUGGCUGAGAUCCAAGCGCUCGGGUCGCUGUUGGUCCAGAAGUCCGCGCGAAUGGACCUGAUCGACGGAGCCUACAACCGCUUCGCAUUCAACGACGACGCCUUGCCAGAAUGGUUUGAGGAAGACGAAAAGGUUCAUCUGCGCCCGGAGUUGCCUGUCACCAAGGAGCUCAUGCGCGAGUACCGGCAAAAACUCCUGGACAUCAGCCGGCGGCCGAUUCGCAAGGUCCAAGAAGCCCGCGCUCGAAAGAAGCUGCGAGAGAAACGCCGCCUGCAGAAGGUGAAGAGCCAGGCAGCAGCCGUGGCGGAAUCCACAGAGUUCACGGAAGCGGCGAAGGCUCGUGCCAUCGACAAGAUCGCCCGACAGGCGCGACGAGCGGACGGCAAACGGGGCAAGGACUACGUGGUGACUCGGCGUGUGGGCGGCGGCAAGUUGGCGCAGAAGAAGGCCGGGAAGAAGGGAGACGGCAACAACAGAGUGAAGCUUGUGGAUCGCCGGCUGAAGAAGGACAAACGCGCCAUGAAGGCAGCCAUGAAGAAGAGAGGUGGGAAACGUGGGUUGAAAAAGAAGGGAAGGAAAGCGUGA